AUGGUGCAGCGACUUACUUACCGCAAACGGCACAGUUAUGCCACCAAAUCAAACCAGCACCGAGUUGUGAAAACCCCUGGUGGAAAAUUGGUGUACCAGACCACCAAGAAGAGGGCAAGUGGGCCCAAAUGUCCUGUCACCGGAAAAAGAAUCCAAGGGAUUCCACACUUGAGACCUGCUGAAUACAAGAGGUCUAGAUUGUCCAGGAACCGCAGGACUGUGAAUCGUGCCUAUGGUGGCGUCUUGUCCGGAGGUGCUGUUAGGGAGAGGAUUAUUCGAGCCUUCUUGGUGGAGGAGCAAAAGAUUGUGAAGAAGGUCUUGAAGAUUCAAAAGUCGAAGGAAAGACAAUCCUCAAAGAGCUAA